AAAAAUCUGUGCCACGCGACUACGUCAGGGUGUUAACACGCACCCAGGACGAUGCAAAGAAACGUCGUUCGGGGAAUAUUUAGUUAGCUAGCUAGCAUAGCAUCUCUGGUGGAACGGACUCGAUACCUGGCUAACUUUGUAAACUGUUGAGUUGAGUUAGAAAGUUCUCUAUCUAGAUUUAUGCUAGUUAAUUUAAUUUGAGAAAAUGUUGAAGUUAGAUAACUUACAUUAAUUGUUAUCUAACCGGCUAACUAGCUUCCCAGCAAGCUUGCUGAAUUGAUGGAUCUUCUCAUUUAGCUAUCUUUCUAGCUAAACUGGUUUCGUUGGCUCAUCAUAGCAAGGAUUCAUCGCUGUGUUGCCUAAAAUGUUCCCUGAAAACAUUGCAUCGGACACUGCGGACGCAGGCCUCUGACUGGAAACAAUGAGUUCAAUGAUAGGCUGUGAAGGAGACACAGCCACACUGCCUGUACAACACCGGCUAACUAGCUGCUAGCUAACAAGUUGGCUAGCGAACUAGCAGUUUGUACCGCUUGUAUCGGACGCGACCUUAAAGCGCUGAUGUGAGGUAUGAGUAAUGGCCUUGUAAAUUGACCUAGCUAUAUUUGUCGAAUCUAGACUACCAGUCCCAUCAGAUAAUUUAUCAAAGAAAAGUUAUACUAGGUAAUAGCUAUAUGGCAAAUUUUUAACUUCACUUUGUCUCUUGUCAACUAAUGUAUAUUAGUUUGUGGUGGAUUAGCUAAAUAAGCCCAACCUAAUACUUUUAUGAACAAAUAACAAUGUUCGCUGUCAAACGAACGUUCAUAACGUAUCUCACAAUGCUGUCUAGUUAACUAAAUCAUAAGUAGCUAGCUAGGACUAGCUACUGUUUGGCUAGCUAGGUAGUUGGCUAGCUAGGACUAACUACUGUUUGGCUGGCUAGCUAGGACUAACUACUGUUUGGCUGGCUAGCUAGGACUAACUACUGUUUGGCUAGCUAGCUAGGACUAACUACUGUUUGGCUAGCUAGCUAGGACUAACUACUGUUUGGCUAGCUAGCUAGGACUAACUACUGUCUGGCUAGCUAGGACUAACUACUGUUUGGCUAGCUAGGUAGCUGGCUAGCUAGGACUAACUACUGUUUGGAUGGCUAGCUAGCUGGCUGGCUAGGUAGAACUGUAACGUCAACUCAUUCUUGCACGUGCCGGUGAAUGUUUUGAAGAGUCAAAACGAGGAAGGACUCUGAACGUAAUUGACAGAACGGCCAAUUGUGCAUUUAAUUUAAAAAAAAAUGUUUUAAGAUGGCAACAAAGUUUACCAAUGUUAGGUUGCGGUCAGCUGGUUAGCUAACAAGGUUAGCCAAUAAAAGUCUGUUUUUUUAGUAGUUAAUUAGCUACCUCCUAUUGAAAUAUAGGGCAGCCAGCAACAUGAAAGUGCAAACUGAAACAUUUAACCCACCCAAGGUGCCACAAAACGACAAAGGGGAGCAGCAAGACUUGUCUGACAAGAAGGACAGCCACAAUAGUAAUUUAUUUUUUCUCAACCGAGACUGUCAGAAUGAACUGGGUUCAGGAUCUCAGAACCAGAAUGUUCACAUUGUAUCAUCAUUAGACUCCAAAUGGCACAGUACUGAACGCAGCAGCCUAGUCACCAAAGGAGGACUCAGCAAUGGAACCUCCCUGGAGAAUGUUUAUGUUCAUUCCCACAGUAGUUCUACUAGUAAUCCUGCGCUAAGACAUGAUGGGGUGCCUGAAAUCUCAAACGAACUGUCAUUGUCAGAGGUCUGCAUACCUACCACAGUUACAGUUGAAGAAGACCUUAGCUAUGAGUUACAGCAGGCCUAUAGGAUAUUUAAUGGCUUUCUUCUGGAAAAGCACAAAGGCAUCAUGACUCCCUUCUUGCACCCCAUUGGCCUUGAAAAACACACUGACUGGGUCAGGGGUCACCUCAAGAAGUCCAUGUGUUUCAGAAGGAUGGAGGAGAAGUUUGUUAGCCGGGAGUAUGAAACAAUCACAGAGUUUGUAGCAGACUUCAGGCUAAUGCUAGAGAACUGCUACAGGCACCAUGGGGUCGACCACUGGAUUUCUAAACAGGCACAGAAAUUGGAAAUAAUGCUUGAGCAGAAGUUGACACUGCUGUCAAGGACGCUGCGAGAGAAGACCACUCUGGCAGUGACCUCCAAGGGUCGUUUGGGGACCGAGGAUGAGAGGGGGCCCGUAGGCACCUCUACCAGACGGAGGACAGUGCCUCGCAGCCUGGCUACGAUCACAGUGGGGGGAAAUGAGUCCAUCAUGGUCCAGGCACUCAGGCUGGAGGGGCAGCAGAGAGUCAAGGAAGAGAAGAGGCAGCGGGAGCUAGAUAAGAAGGAGGCGGAGGAGACCUCAGCCAAGGAGGUGGAGGAGUGGGAGCGCAGUCUUCUCUCCCAGGCCUCCCAGACCCCCUUGAAGACCAUGUGGGAACUCCCUGCCAUCGGCCACUUCCUCUGCCUGGCCCAGGCAGCUCUCAACCUCCCAGAGAUAGUGUUCUUUGAGCUGGAGCGGUGCCUCCUCAUGCCUCGCUGCAGCAUCUUCCUCUCCAAGAUCAUGAGUUCACUUCUUUGCCCGCCCCAGAGGAGUGGGACGCUCCACCGUCGCCCAGCCCUCACCUACUGCCGCUGGGAGUCCGAGCUCCGCCACAGGGUGCAAGGCUGGUACUAUGCCAUGGGUACGGCGGAGGACCAGGGGUGGAUGGCUGAGCAGCUGGGCCUAUCCCAUCAGUUCUUCAGGACAGUCGGGGUGGUUAGCCCCCUGGAGGAGAACCCCUUCCAUCUCUUACCCUUCAUUCAGCGUGUGUGGCUGCUCAAAGGCCUGUGUGACAACGUAUACGAGACCCAGAAGGACGUACAGGACGCUGUGCUGGGCCAACCCAUCCACGAGUGCCGAGAGUCCAUCCUGGGCUAUGACGGGAACGAGAACGCCUACAUACACUUUCCGCAUUUCUGCGGGGCGGACCUACGCAUCUACUGCCAGAGUGUCAGCAUGCCCUCUGACUUCCCCUUACCAGCUGUCUGGGUGAAGAGGGUGGAGCCUGACGAGGGGCUAUCAGAGGACUCUGAGCACCUGGUUUCAAUGGAGGAGGAUUCAGAGAAGAAACUUAGUUCUGACAGACAGAGUGGUGGGAGGGUUAAAGGGGACAUGUGCAGGGGUGGAACUGGGCAAUUUCACACACGGGGAGUGGAGGAUGAGGAGGACUGUAAGCCUACUUAUCAGAACAGACUCACUGGCUCAACUGGGCCCUCUUCAACUAUCAAGGACUUUGUGGGCAGAGGGAAUGUGAAGGAAGAGCCACAGGAAUUGGAAUAUAGGCCUAAUAGACGAAUGGUGAAGCAGGAAGAGGGAUCGGACGUAUCAUCAGGGUCAUGUGAGCCGCGUCUCAGUGUGGGGGAACACUGCUAUACAGGGAAGUCCCCUGCUCGCCCUGCUAGGGCAACAUAUACCAGCAGGUCUGGUGUUACUAUACCCAUGAGACUGACUGAUGUCUAUGUUAAAGUGGACAGGAACGAACUCUCUGAGGGACAAAGAUGUUGUCCAAAAUGUUUCUCUGAAAUAGGGACAAAGUCACAGGACAAUCAUCGCUGCCAUUGUGCCACAGACAAUAAAUCAACAACGUCACCCUCUGGUGCUGGCCACCCACGCAAGGUGAACGUGACAGAGAAUAGGAUGGACAGGAUUCGGGCCAAGAAAAGGAAGAAAGUGAGGGAAUUGGGGGAACUACGUGCAGCAGGUGGGCAGCGCAGAUCAGACAGGAGCCCACUCUGUAAGGCCAGGGCAGCUAAAUCCACUGUCAGGAGAUCUGCGACCACCGUCAAGAGAAAGGACAAGAGGAAAAAACGAAAAAUGGGAAGAAAGCUUAAGUCCAGGAAGCUGGCUUCAAAAAAGAAACCUCAACUCCCAGUUCAACCUGCAUUCAGGUUGGUGUGCACCAGUCUAGAGGAGCUGAGGGAACUCAUCAGUAGGACGGAGGAUGAACUGGAUGAGCUGGAGAGCACCAAAAAGAGAUCUGGAAGGUGGUGCUUCAGGAAAGAAGCCGUGAAAGAUCUGCACAUCACUCUCAUAAGGCUGCUCAACGAGCUCUCCCCAUGGGAACCCAAACUGGUCAAGGCUUUCCAUAGGAACAGGCUACGUUUGAAAAAGGAUUUUGACGACUUCAAAAAGCACCCUGACUAUGACAACUUUGUCAGAGAGGAUGUGGAUAGAAGCACCUCGUUCACUGAAAACACCAGACUGACUGAAGAGGAGGAACAGCAGGAUCAGACUGUUCAGAGGAUCCUGUGGGCGGAAGAGGACUCAGGGCAGUUUGGAACAGAGGCAUUGAGAGGCAGCUUCACUGUGGUAACCAGACAAGAGAUGUUGACCUUGAACGAGCACAGGCCUUCCACUCGGGGCUUGAAGCGUCUGCAGAGUGAUUUAGAUGAGAACUCAAGCCUCAUUAAGAGAGGCAGGAUCAACAGUGACGAACUGACGACUUCCCCUGAAGCUGAAGUGGAAAACAGAUCCAGGGAAGCGAAUCCAGCAGGACAGCAGGUUGGAGAAACAAGCCCAGUGGUUAUAACUACUCCGGUGGCUGGUGUCCAAAGGACUCACAAACCCAUUCAGCUAAAUACCCUGCUGGCCAAGAGUGUUGGUGAUAAAGUUACUUUAAUUCAUCAUCAGCCAGGUGUUAUCAGCCAUGUUGGUCAGGCUCAUAGCUUAGCCUGUGCUUCUUCCCUGCAAGCUACCAAACUUAAAUAUUCUUUACCACAAAGCUCUCAACAGUUACUGCAACCAACAACACCCACACCUAAACACACACAGAUGUCCCAUAUCACGCCCAUACCAAAGACCCCCGUACAGGUUGUCUACAAGAUGCCCGAGGGCAUGGGUCUGGUCAGGAAAGCUGGAAGCCCUAUGAAAAUCACAGUGCAGCCAAUUCUGGACCAGAAAACGGGGGAUAAGCUAAUGCAGCAAGUGGUCAUUCUUCCUUCGAACUUGCUCAUUCAAAAGUCAGAGGGUCAGAGUCACCCCCAGCAACCAAUGACAAUCCAGGUCCCAGCCUCCAAAGCGCCCACUCCACUGUCACAAAGCUCUGGAUUCACCAUGCCGCAAAGUCAUGACAACCGGAUCCCCAUACAACAAGUGGCACCGCUAAAGGGAGGUACAUCCUCUCCUACCAUCUCCCCUAGGUUGCAGACAACCUCUCUUACAACAUGCUACAAGGUUGUCCAACUCCCUAGUCCGAAAGUGAGUAGCACUACCCAAAAUGUUAUACCAAAUAGAUCACCAUCCAACCCCACUAGUACAGCUUUUACUGAUCCCAGUAAACCUCUGGACCCUAAACAAGAGCUGAAGACCGUGUGUAUAAGGGACUCGCAGUCCAUCCUAGUCACCACUAGGGGGGGCAACACUGGAGUAGUCAAGGUGCAGACAUCCGAUCAGAGUACAUCUGGUUUGUUACCUGCCAGUCCCAUCAUCAUCUCUCCACAGUUCAAAGCCUUCCUGGUGUCCAAGACCUCUCCACCUGCUGCCCCCACGGUCCCAGUGGUCAAAAGCGCGACUGUAGCCCGGGCACAAUUAGGACCGUCACCAUUACGGCCUUCAACUGUCACGAGUUCAACAACUGCACGCCAGUCUUUGAUCACUGCUGGCAUUCAGGCCACAGGUCAGAGAGCGGGCUCUGCUGUUACCGUUGCUGUAAACCAGGGCUGCAACGUCUCUUCUACAGUUGCUGUGAACUCACAGCUACCUAAAAGCAUCAUCACUGUACCUGGUAACCCAGCAGGCGCCACCCAGACGUCUCUUGUCCAAGUUGUCACUAAACCUGUUUUGAAAAGGGUAUGUCCAGAUGAGAGGUCCCCAUUCACUAAGUUCAUCCUGGUCUCUCCCUCGUCCAACAUCACAUCUAUGGCUGCAACCAAAGUCCCUUCCACUACAGCUCCCUCCGCUCUUCCAGGGCAAAGGUUGAUGUUCAUCAGCCAAUCACCAGCCCAGGCAUCCCACGCAACAUGUAGCAUUUCAAGACAGGUUUCAGUGUCUGGGGCACAAUCCCUGACCACGUCAAUACCCAAUGAAGCAAUGAAGAUCGGACUCAACUUUCAUCAAGCUAUCAGCAGUGCAAACUUCGGAGCCUUGAAUAAGGUCCAGCGCAUCAAUCUGCUUCCAGGGUCUCCGAUAAGGCUACCACAACAGGCAAGUGCACUUGCACAAUCUACUUUAAAAAGUACAUCUGUGUCUGGCACACAGGCAGCACUUCUUACAACCACGUCGUCUCACCUUAUCACUAGCACUGCACAUUUGCCCUCUUCCACACGCCUGACUGGAUCUCAACUACAAGGCAUCCCUUCGUCCUCUGUGAUCCCCAAUCUAAGCAAGGUAACUGGGCAACCACGGUCUUCGAUAAUCAGAGGUUUAAUCACCAGAAAACCACAACUACCAGUGCCGGUCACUACACCGCUAGGCCUUGUCAAAACAUCCCCUCUCAUACCAUCGGCCCAGGUUUCUCAGUCUCACCACUCUCACUGUGUAAGCGGGGUCACCACACCUCCUCAAAUAAGUACUCAACAGUCUCCAAUUGCCACUAGAUCCACUCAUCAGUCCACUCCAGUGCGGCCGGCUGGUAAUACCAAUCCUGUCACCAGCACCACCACCACAACUGUGCAACAGAAGAUUGUCAUUAACACCCCUGCACCGCUUGUAGGCGGCACACAGAUUCUGCUCAACAACACCCGUUUUGUUGUUCCCCCUCAAGGCCUUGGGCCUGGCCAGCAUGUCCUCAUAAUAUCCAGCCCUGCAGUGCCUGUGGCAGCUCCUAGUCCCAGGGGAGCGAGCCCAACGACCGGUGUCCCACGAGGGCCAACGUUACCUGGGUUAGCCACACCUACACAAGGCCCCAGAAUGGCCACACAACUAAGGACACACCAGCCUCAACAAGCAGCACUUAGAUCACUAACCCUGGGAGCGCCGUCCGCUGAGAAAGUUGGACCCUCUUUCCCAGUUUCUUUCACUGUCCCUCGCCAGACGAUGGAGAUUCGAGCUCCACUAUCGGUCACCAGCACCACUACCAACUGUUCUCCACCAGUUUUACACCGGCUCCCUGCUAUGGCCACCAUACUCACUGGCCUAGCUAAUGUGGUGGCAGCUCCAUCUUUAACUCAACCGGAAGGGAUGGGCAGCUUGUCACUCUCCUCCGUGCCAACAAGUCCCAGCCCAGCUCAAACAGCAGAAGUUCUACAGAGCCCAACAAAGCAGCUCCCUUUGAACACAGGACUUGGCAUCAACUAUGCACCACUCACAACACAGCAGAUAACGUCAUUCGUGCAACCUAUGGGAGCGGUCUCCACACGGACGCAGGUCCUACCAACGGUAGCUGUUCCGCCGAUAGGGAGCACCUUCUCCAGGAUGCAGUCUCUACCUGUGGUGACUGUACCGCCCCUUGGGGGUGCCUUCGGUAGCAAAACAUCUCCUGUGGCAACUGUGCCCCCAUCCAACAGCACUGUAAUCAUGACACCUGCUCAACCUGUCAGGACGGUGAUGUCGGCAGAGACUAUCCGCAUGCCCGUAGUUUUAUCCAAUCCUUGGCAGCAGCAGAUACUGGGCCUAGGCAAGCGCCCUUUGCAAGCUUCACAGGUGCCUGCAUCAGCAGUGCAAACAACCAGCCCCACCACCAAGCUACUAGUGAGUCCUGAUGGGGCUGUUUUAAACACGGUUAGAGGCCCUACUGCCAACACAGGCCUGCCAGAGAUGGCUAACAAGCCUUUGGCUACGUUGAUUGUAACUCCAAAAUCCACUGGGAGAGUGCUGCCCCUGCCUCCUGUAAAUAGUGACAAUCCCUGGAUGCCUACCCAGGCUGACAGAAGUGGCCCUAUCAACUGAAGGACUGAAAGCCAGUAGCAUUGUCUGUGAUGAAGAAGACACAGCAAACUUUGUGUUCUGGACCGCAUCUAGAAUAUCUAGAACAUUCUAGAAUAUUUUUGGUAGAAGGUGGGAGUCAGGUGAGAAACUGCCUGGUUGAGCUGUAUUUUUACCUUGCAUAUCUAAGUGUGUUUAAAGAUGCACUAUGCAGAAAUGGCUCCAUCAUUUGCUGGUUGCUAAAAUUCUAAUAGUUCCCCUAAUUUGAGUUUGUGGCAAAACAAGCGAGUAUAGUGUAGAGAAUCAUUGUACCAUCUAAAUGGCUGUGAAAUAUCUUUUCCAUAACUAAAAAUAUUGUAUUUUCAGCUGUUUGACGCAAAAACAAAACUUAGGAACGGGAAGCAUAGAGAGAGCGCACAUGGGACAGAUCUACCGCUUCUUAGACUUGCUUUCAAUAAGAAUGGCAGAUCUAUGACGCAUUUCUAUGUGAAUUUGGUCAGGUUACCCAAAAAGUGACAUAUUGCAGCUUUAAGCGACGCUAGAUAAACCUCUAUAGCUGACUCAAACAGUUUGCUCAAGAAAUGUAGGUGGCAAUGUAUUUGUGAUGGGUUUUGUAUUUCUUAAAGCAAACAGCAUUUUAGGGUUUCCUUCUCACAAAGUUUGAAGAUCAAUUUGGACCUUUUUUUUAUAAAAAAAAAAAAAAAACUCUUUCUUGGCCAGUAAUAAAUAUGUUGUAAAUUGCUUGGUUUGAAGGGUAGACAAAUGGAUUUGAAUGUGAUUGUAAUACGUUUAAUUGACAUUCAUUAUUAUUUUGAAAUUAUAUUUGAAUUCCUUAGAUUGGAACAACACUUGUUUUUAUUCUGUCUACCACACUCUUAGGUCUUUCCCUCUGACCUGUUGUAUACGUUCUUCUGAUGUGUUGCCUACUCAAGAGGCAUGUCGGUGUCUACAUUUUACAUUGGUGUCAACAUUGGUUCAGUCCUAUUUCCAUCAACUAUUUGGAAAAUAAACUGGUAUUUCACAUGAUUGAAA